ACCCCCGCACUGCCCCCCACGUUGGAUGCCAACAUUGGCUGGCAGCCACCACUCUGCCUUUCUCAGACCAGUCUUGACAGUGAUCACAUCUUCUCUAGCUCUGCCCUGCUCCUAAGAUGGCGCCCAAGUUUGAUCCCACAGAAAUAAAGAUUGUGAAGUUGCGAGCUGUGGGAGGGGAGGUGGGAGCCACGUCCUCCCUGGCUCCCAAGGUGGGUCCUCUCGGUCUUUCUCCCAAGAAGGUCGGUGAAGACAUCUGCAAGGCCACCACAGCCUGGAAGGGACUCAAGGUGACGGUGCAGCUCACCAUCCAAAACCGUCAGGCACAAGUGGAGGUGGUGCCCUCAGCUGCAGCGCUCCUUAUCCGCGCCCUCAAGGAACCACACAGAGACAGAAAGAAGGUGAAACAUGUUAAACACAAUGGCAAUAUAACUUUUGAUGAAGUGAUCAACAUUGCCCGCAUCAUGAGGCCCCGCUCCCAAGCCAAAACUCUUGCUGGUACCAUCAAGGAAAUUCUGGGUACUGCCAGAAGCAUUGGUUGUACCAUAGAUGGCCAGGGUCCAGAAGAAUUGCAGGCUGCUGUUGACAGUGGAGAAGUAGAGGUACCUGAUGAGUAACCCUCUUGCUAUCACAAUGGACUACAGACUUCAUUACAGACCCUGAAUAUUUGCAAAAAUGAAGCAGGAAUUACUACUGCUGAUAACAUUAACCUCAGUAGUUUUAAUAUUGUAUCUAAAGAUUAUAUAAUUUCUGUUUAACAACCAUUACUGUUAAUGUUCAAGACUGAGAGAA